AUGAAAAAUUGUAUAUCAAUCAACUAAUCUAACUCAUCAACCCUAAUUAAUAAGGUUACACUAUAUCAAUAUGGUCAAAAUCCUAUGGAAAUCAGUUUAACAUAAGCUAAUUCACUUGAUAGUCUAAUUAAGUUAGUUAGUAGAAAGCUGUCUUUUAAGAAAAUUAGACUUUUUGAUCAUAGAUGUUAAGAAUUAUUUGAAGAAGAUCUUAAAUAUCUUAGGAAUGAGAGUAAAAUCUAUAUUACAACCAAUGGUAAGAGUUUGGAUGGUCGAUUUGUCUUGUUUGAAUAUAAUCCAUUAUCAGUACUAUGCAAAGGUGGUUAAGCAACAGUAAUGUUGAUUUCUCAUAAAACUACUUGUGAGGAGAGAGCACUUAAGUUUAUAAGUGAAGGUUAGGAGAAUUAAUAUUUAUAUAUUGCUCGGGAGGCAGUGAUAUUGGAAUAAUUAAAACAUCGAAAUAUAGUCAAACUCUAUAAAUAUAAGUUGUUUCCAGAGAAAUCAGAAGCAGUAUUAGAAUUGGAAUAUUUGAAAGGAGGGUCCUUAUUAGAUUAUGUAUUAGGUAGAAUUUGUGUUAAAUCUUAGAUCAUGGUGCAUUAGAUGAACCAACUGCUCGUAUUUUUUUUAAUCAAAUUUUGGAUGGCAUCUCUUAUUGUCACAAAAAUAAUGUUAUUCAUAGAGAUUUGAAGUUAGAUAACAUUCUUCUUUGUGACACUACCGAUUUAAGAGUAUUAAUAUAAAUAAAUUAUUAUAGAUUAAAAUUAUAGACUUUGGUUUGGCUUAUUUGUCUGGUACAGGUAUUCCAUUUGAUGAACCAUUAAAUGUUGGUACUGUUCUUUAUGCAUCUCCUGAAAUAGUCUUUGGGAAGUUGAAGAGUGUAAAUUUUUCAGUUGAUAUAUGGGCAUUGGGAGUCAUUCUAUAUUAUUUAGUAUUUGCUGAAUAUCCAUUCAAAGGUGAAAAUAAUACAGAUAUACUAUUGAAUAUAAGUGAAGGGAAUUAUAAUAUUCCUAAAUAGGUGAGUUGGGAAUUAAUAAGCUUACUUACUGAUUUAUUUAAUCCUGAUUAUGAAAAUAGAAUAACAUUAAAGGAAAUAAAAUAACAUAAAUGGGUUAAAGGAUUGAUAUAAAGUAAUCAUUAAUUGAGCAUUCCACUUUCAGAAAUGCCCACUACUUCAAAAGGAUAAUAGACUUUUGAAAAUUCUAUUAGAAAAACAAAAGAGGAUAUUUUACACUAAAUUGAAAAGUAAUAAUUAAGUAGCAUAAAUUCAGAGAAACUAUAUAAAAGAUUAACACCUAAAUCAUGUAUAUAACAUUUACUAAAAUGA